UAGCAUCACCUUCCUCUUGUUUUUCUUGCUUGUCUCCAUACUCAGUUGCUUCAAGGAUCUGAGCUGCAAUCAGGCAAAGGAUAUUUCCAAGAUCUUAGGUUUUGCAAAGAAGAAUGCAUCCGAGCGGUGGACCACUGUCGGUGCCACCAGGCUUCCGCUUCCAUCCGACCGAUGAGGAGCUACUAUACUACUACCUGAGGAAGAAGGUUGCUUAUGAGCCCAUAGAUCUUGAUGUCAUAAGGGAGAUUGAUCUUAACAAGCUUGAGCCCUGGGACCUCAAAGACAGGUGCAGAAUAGGCACCGGGCCUCAGAACGACUGGUACUUCUUCAGCCACAAGGACAAGAAGUAUCCAACGGGGACGAGGACGAACCGUGCCACCAUGGCAGGGUUCUGGAAGGCGACAGGGCGGGACAAGGCCAUCUUCCUCGGCAACGCCAGGAGGAUCGGCUUGAGGAAGACCCUGGUGUUUUACAUCGGAAGGGCUCCCCACGGCAAGAAGACUGACUGGAUUAUGCACGAGUACCGCUUGGAUGAAGAGAACGUUGAGAUUCAGGAAGAUGGAUGGGUGGUGUGUAGGGUUUUCAAGAAGAAGAACUAUCAGAGGGCCCUCAAUCAGGCUGAGAUGGCAGCACUGGACGAUGACGAGCUCCAGCCCUUCCCGGUUCCGGUCCCCGGUGCCCUGCCGACAGACCACAAGCACAACCCUCACCUCAUGCAAUAUGAUCAUCAGUUCCCUUCCUUCGACCCCUCCAUGCAGCUCCCACAGCUGAUGAGCGCCGACCAGCCCGUGCAAACCCUCCUCCCUAGCCAGCCUGGCGUCCCCAUUGCCAUGAGCUCGCUCGAUGUAGAGUGCUCGCAGAACCUGAUGAAGCUGACAUCGAACGGCAGCGACGGGAUGCUCCAUAGUGGUGGCGGUGGUGUCGACCGCUUUACUGGCACGACAGAUUGGUCGAUCCUGGACAAGCUACUCGCCUCGCACCAGAACCUUGAUCAGCUCUUCCAGGGCAAGGUCUCCACGGCCUCUGCCCCCCCAAUGGCGCCAUAUCAGCAGCAGCUCAUGGAGCUCGGUGGCUCGUCGUCCUUGCAGAGGCUUCCACUGCAAUACCUUGGCGGUGAGGCGGCCGAUCUCCUCAGGUUCUCCAAGUAGAUGGAGCGACCUCAAGUUUAGCUGCAUGCCUUGCAGCUAGCAGUGAGCAGAUCAGGUUUUUGAUUGAUUAGGCUGCUUAAUUCGGUCGAUUUCGUUGUGGAGUUUAAAUUUAGUGCUUUCAAAUGUAUAUACGGUGCAACUGUUUGGACCAUGCGCGCAUCGAAUGCCAUCUAAACUGUAGCUGGUUGGUCAAGAGGAUCUUUUUUAUGUUCUCAUUUUGGCUUAGGGGUUGCUCGUUAUGUGCUUUUGAGAAGAAUGAAACAAUGGCACAGUCAAUCUAGAACUUCAAUUA